AUGGCAAACGUGGCCUUCAUGCGCGGACAGCUGGACAACGCAGAGAAGCUCUACAAAGCAAGCAUGAGCUACUUGCUUGCAGGGGACACAAAGGAGGAUGACAAUGCAAUCCUUGAGAUGUCCCUCAAGCUGGCCAGUAUCUAUGCUGCUCAGAAACAGCACAAAUUAGCCCUGGCUGGCUAUGAGUUCUGCAUCCUGACCUUAGAAGAGAAGAUUGCCAAGCAAAAGGACUUGCCUGAGGAUGUCUUACCAGCUGAAGAAAAGGCCAACACCCGUCUCUUGCUUGGGAUGAGUUUAGACUCCUAUGCUCGCUAUCUCCUAAGCACUAACCAGCUCCCAGUGGCCCAAAAAAUGUAUGAGAAGGCUCUGCAGAUAUCAAAUGAUGUUCAGGGAGAGACUCAUCCACAGACUGUGGUCCUGAUGAAUGACUUAGCAACUGUACUGGAUGCUCAGGGGCACUAUGAUGAGGCAUACUCCUAUGUUAAGAGGGCAGCUGAGCUGGCAAAGGAGACCCAACACCCUGAGGAGCACAUGGUGCUGAAUAACCUGGCAGCGAUUCUGAUGCACAAAGAAGACUUUCUGCAAGCAAAAGAAGUGUACAAAGAAGCUCUCAAGCAGGCACAAGAGAAAGGAGAUGUUGCUUCUGUCCAGCAUAUCCAGGAAGAACUAGCUGAGCUGGCCAAGAGGAGAAAGGGCUCCAAAUAAGUUUGGCCACAGAGUCCAACCUUGAAGUGGCUGACAGCAGCAAGGGUUGGUCAGUACAAGCAGCCUGGGACCAGUUUGGUGCAAUUCUCCAGGGGAACAGCGUGAGGAGUUUAAGGACUGCUUAACAAGAAGGGCUGCUAUUGCCUAACAACUUAGCCCAAAAUAAAGUUGUGAAAUCUUAA